AUGGCAUUCAGCACACCUCUUGAUGAAUGUUCGAUUGUCUGGCUCCGCCCACUGGAGAACGUCGUUUAUACAAUUGGCGAUAUCGGCCCUCACAAGGUCGCUGUGGUCGGCUAUUAUCAGGAACAAGGCCUCGCCGUCUCGGGGAGCAUGGCUGCCGAAGUUUUGAGGGAUCUACGGAAUCUACAACUAGGUCUCCUAGUCGGUAUUGCCGGUGGGAUGCCAUCAUCGACCCACGACAUGCAACUCGGGGAUGUUGCGGUUGCAGUUCCUGAAGGCGACCGUCCUAGAGUGGUGGGGUAUGAUCUCGUCAAGGCGGGGAGAUGA